UGCUAUUAAUUUAUUCUGAGGGUGCAAAGUACAAAAUAGUAUAUUUUUUGGGUGCGAAGUGGGAUUAAGACAUUCUUGAACCGAAGUUGUAGUAGUAUAGUUGAAAAUCUCCAUAGCCGAAAGUUUGAAAACACGCCGAGGAAAAUAUGAUGGCGAGAAAUCUCUCUCCAUCGAGGCUAAAGAAGCUUCUCACUCCAUUUUCUCUCACCACCUAUACAUACACAAGACCUGUAUCUAACUCCCUCUAUUCACUGAUCAUCGAGCCUUCACCCACUUCCCCCUUUUCCCAAAACCCUACUAAAACCCCACCGUUCAUCUUCUUCGCGAAACCCUUCUCUUCCCAAAAUGUAAAGAACCGAUCUCUUUCAAAUUUACCACUGACCCGGGAUGGAAAUUACGAGGAAGCCACCGAGCAAGCCUUCCCAAUUUGCCCCGGAUGUGGUAUCCAUAUGCAAGAUUUUGACCCUAAACAACCUGGUUUUUCUGUCGAACCCUCGACCAAGGGGCCUAACUACAAGAAAUUCAAGAACAUGACACCCAUCGUAGACGAGUCCGAAAUAUCAGAGUCCAUCAAACUGGGGCUUGAUAACGACAUUUUGGAUGUUGAUAAACUCGAAAAGUUCGAAACAGCAGACCAUGUGUUCGAUAAAAUGUCCGAGAGAACUGAAAAACAGGGGAAGGCUAGCCUGAAGCCAAUUGUGUGCUCCAGGUGUCACAGUUUGAGGUACUACGGGAAGGUGAAGGACCCUAAGGUCGAAAACUUGUUGCCCGAUUUCGACUUCGAUCACACUGUUGGGAGAAGGUUGACUUCGAUAGGUGGGGCCAGAACUGUGGUUUUGUUAGUUGUAGAUGCCUCGGAUUUCGACGGUUCGUUCCCUAGAAAGGUGGCGAAUAUGGUGACCAAGACGAUCGACGAGAAUGAACUGUCGUGGAAGGAAGGAAAAUCGGGGAAUAUACCAAGAAUAUUAUUGGUGGUGACCAAGAUUGAUCUUUUGCCCAGCAGCAUUUCACCAACUAGGCUCGAGCAUUGGGUUCGCGUACGGGCGAGGGUAGGUGGGGCUGGGAGGCUAAGUGGGGUCCACUUGGUUAGCUCUUUGAGAGAUUGGGGGGUGAAGACUUUGGUUGAUGACGUGGUUAAAUUUGCAGGGCAAAGAGGGAAUGUGUGGACCGUGGGUGCUCAAAAUGCUGGAAAGAGCACACUGAUUAACGCGAUCGGGAAGUGUGUCGGAAAUGCGGUGACUCAUUUAACGGAGGCACCUGUUCCUGGUACCACAUUGGGAAUCGUGAGGAUUGAAGGAAUGUUUAAUGGGAAAGUGAAGUUGUUGGAUACUCCGGGGCUUCUGCAUCCUCACCAGAUUUCGACGAGGUUGACUGCGGAGGAACAGAAGCUCGUUCGUAUUGAGAAGGAGUUGAAGCCGAGGACGUAUAGAAUCAAGGUGGGGCAUUCGGUUCAUAUUGGUGGACUCUUGAGAUUGGAUGUCGAAGAAUCUUCGGUAGAUUCUAUCUAUGUUACAGUAUGGGCUUCCUCUCUGCUUCCGUUGCAUAUGGGAAAAACAGAGAACGCUUGCACAAUGUUGGAAGAGCACUUCGGUCGUCAGUUGCAACCUCCAAUUGGUGAUGGGAGAGUUAAGGAGCUCGGCGAAUGGGUGAAAAGGGAAUUUCGUGUAAGUGGCAAAUUAUGGGACUCGAGUUCUGUGGAUAUUGCUGCCUCUGGUCUUGGUUGGUUUGCCAUUGGACUCAAGGGAGAAGCUCUAUUGGGAGUUUGGACUUACGAUGGCAUUGAUGUAAUUACUCGAAACGCUUUGCUCCCUCAAAAAUCGAACAAUUUUGAAGUUGCAGGUUUUACGGUUUCUGAGAUUGUCUCGAAAGCCGACCGAGCGAGAAAUAAGAAGAAGCCCACCAAAGAUUUAAAGAAGACGCCAAAAAACGACUCCACAAAAGCCUCGAACGAGCAUGAUUUAGAAGUGUUAGUACCUUUAGAAAAGAAGGCAAGUGGGCUCCAAGUGAAGUAAACUAGCUAAGGAUCUUUUCGGUGUUUUAUGGGAAAUUUCACACACACACAAACACACACAAACACAAGUAUGUCUUGGUGUCAUGAAAUUAGAUUGUUGUUUUGAUAUUUUGAUGAAUUGGGGUGAAAUGUUGAGAUUUAUUUAUUGAGAUAAUUUUUUUAUGCUAGAA